AUGAAUCCGAAUUCGAAUCCACUUCCGAACGGCAGGUCCAUUCCGAACCCGGCAGGCUACCAGGUAUCAGAGAGCGAAUAUAGCGAGCGCGACCACCACCCCCUCCCCGCGCCCCCACCCCGGCAUUUCCGAGAAUGGGAUCGAAGAGCGCACAUUGCGUCGAGUCAUUACUCAGUAACCUCCGGCUUCACAAAGGUCUCCCUGGACAAUUCCUGCUGGGAAGACAUGACCCCGGAGGACCUGAAGGAACUGGAGAAACGAACAACGGCCUCGGCCGCCGCGGUAUCGGCGAACGGAAAUACAAGACGGUGGUCGCUCAAUUCCAUGUCUAGAAUGUUCACCAGGACUCCCAGGAUGGAGUCCACGGUCAACGUCAAUAUAACUAGGGCUCUCACACCGGGGACGUUGGCCGAGUGCGUGGAUAGUUCUGGUAUGGCAUUGUACGAGGCUGUUUUCUCUAUCGGCGGAAUGACUUGCGCUUCUUGCUCGAAUCGGAUCACGGAGGCCGUCGAGAGCCUGAAGUGGGUGCAGAGUGUGCGGGUGGAUCUACUGAGUAAUAGUGCGACGGCGGUGUUCGACGGGAUGGGAUGCGGCGGACCAGAAGUCGGCGCCGAGGCGAUACUGCAACAGGUGGAAGAUACUGGAUUCGACUGUACACUCGAAGAGCUCGACGUGGCGGGAUCUCGGAAGCGGAGAUCGGAGCGCGGAACUGUCGGCGCCGAGCGAACGGUUUCAUUGAAAGUGGACGGAAUGUCAUGCACUGGUUGCGCAGAAAAGGUCGCUGAAGUCAUUGGAUUCUCAUUCCCCGAUUAUGUGUUGGAUAUCGAGUCACCGCCCAUCACUCUCACAUCCCCGGUCGUACAUGUUCGAUAUAAACCACAACCACCAGAGUUUACUGUGCGACACAUCGCAUCAGUUAUUUCCUCCAUUUCUCCAGACUUUGUUGUAUCCGUCUACCACCCACCCACCAUCGAAGACCGCUCGCGUCAUCUCCAGCAGCUGGAGCAAUGGCGACUUCUCCUGCGAUUACUCUUCUGUUUGGCAAUCGCGAUACCAACAUUCCUGAUCGGGAUCGUCUGGAUGACGUUCGUGCCUGAAGGCGAUCCGGUGCGAAAAUCCCUUAGCAAACCGAUAUGGUCGGGCCGUUCUACCAGGAUGGAAUGGGCGCUUUUCUUCCUAGCCACUCCCGUCAUGUUCUUCAUCGCCGACGUAUUUCACAAAAGAGCAAUUAGGGAUAUCAGAGCACUCUGGAGAAAAGGAAGCCCCACACCGGUAUUGCGUAGAUUCUACAGGUUUGGGAGUAUGAACUUGUUAAUCUCCCUCGGGGUUUCGAUAUCAUAUUUCGCCAGCUUGGUGUUAUUGGGGAUUAAUUCUGCUAGCAAGCCUGUUGCACAGCCCGAGUCCGGGUUGCAAAAGAGGAGGAUGAAAACCUAUACAUAUUUCGAUUCUACGGUGUUUUUAACAAUGUUUUUGUUGAUAGGUAAAUAUUUUAACCAACCCUAUUGCUCCCGGAGUAGUAACUGAUGACGAUAACUACAGGCCGCUUCCUAGAAGCCUACAGUAAGCGCAAGACCGCCGAGGCGGUCAAUAUUCUUGGGAAACUCCUCCCGGCGGAAGCUCUUCUAGUGGUCCACACUAGUCAAACCUCCAGAGGCGUCGACGUCUCGACCUUCAAAGCCGGAAAGACCCUCGAGCCUGUCGAGGAGAACGAUGUCAGCAACCACACUUACGAAGAUAACCGCCUCUGGAGAAUCAAGGCGGUGCCAACGGACCAGCUUGAAGUCGGCGACAUAGUAAGCGUGGUUCGCGGCUCCUCGCCACCCGCCGAUGGCACAAUAAUUUCCGGAGUCUCGCAAUUCGACGAGAGGUCACUGACGGGUGAGACCAGGCUGGUGCCGAAGAUUGAAGGGGACAUGCUCCUAGCCGGGACCGUGAACCAAGGCCAAGCAGUCAACAUGCGGGUAGAGAGCAUCGGUAGCGACACGAUGCUAUCGCAAAUUGUCAAUGUGCUGCGCGAGGGACAAACCCGGCGUGCGCCGAUAGAGCGACUGGCAGACGUGAUCACUGGCUACUUCGUUCCGGUAGUUACGCUUUUGGCUUUCCUCACUUGGAUCAUAUGGCUCUCGCUCGGCGCUACGGGAAAGUUGCCGGAAGAGUACCUAGACAUCCGGUACGGAGGAUGGUCCGCUUGGUCUCUCAGCUUUGCCAUUGCGGUAUUCGUGAUCGCCUGCCCAUGCGGUAUAGGUCUUGCGGCGCCGACGGCGCUAUACGUGGGCUCAGGACUCGCGGCCAAGUUCGGCAUCCUAGCGAAAGGUGGCGGAGAAGCUUUCCAGGAGGCAGCAUGGCUGGACUGCAUUGUAUUUAGUAAAACCGGCACACUCACGCAAGGCAAUGACCCAAAAGUGACGGACGAGCUAAUGCUCGUGGGCGCCGGCGAGGACAGAAGAAUGGCUUAUGCAGUUGCCCAGGAACUCGAAGAGAGCGCUUCACACCCACUUUCAAGGGCUAUUAUUGCUCACUGCAAGGGGAAGGACAAAGUCCCUAUCACAAUGUGGGACGUCGAAGACGUUCCCGGCCGAGGCCUUAGCGGAGUUUUCAAGAUCGCGAACAAUAAGACGGAUGUGUUCGAGGCGGUCCUCGGGAGCGAGCGGUUUAUGGAGGAGAACGGAGUUCUAGACAUGGCAUAUCACGAUCAGGUACUUUCUUCUUGGAAGUCCUGCGGGAAAAGUGUUAUGCUUCUCGCUAUUAGAAAACAGGCAGUUAGUGACAAGGCCUAUGAUAGCCGCUUCAGACUUGUUGCACUGUUUGCCGCGGCGGACAUAAUUCGCUCGGAGGCGCCGGAGGUGGUUAGAAAGUUACAGGAGUCCGGGAUAGGCGUGUGGAUGAUUUCUGGGGAUAAUACCACCACGGCGAUAUCCAUUGCUUCGAUGGUCGGGAUUCCGAGGGAACACGUUAUUUCGGGGGUUCACCCGGCGGAAAAGGUAUCCCCACACUCCUCCACACUUUUCUGGUCUGUACUAACGUGGAUAUCUAGGCCGAGAAAAUAACCUGGCUGCAAGCCACUGCUCCCCGCCGCACUCGCCCACCACUCUUCCCCUCCCUUCCUGGAGUCUCCUUCCUCCGCUACCUCCCUCGCCUUCCGCCGAUCCCGUUUUUCCAGCCUUCAUCCUCUUCAGUUCGCGCAUCUCCCACGGCCACCAAAUCGCGGGCGACUAUUGCCCUCGUCGGCGACGGCAUAAACGAUGCUCCAGCACUCUCAAUCUCGUCCGUUGGAAUAUCGAUGAAUAGUGCGACAGACGUGAACAUUACGUCCGCCAAGUUCAUCCUCGUGUCCUCGAAUUUGAAUAGUCUGAUCACGCUCACACAGCUGGCGAACUUUGUCUUUCGCAGGGUUAAGGUGAAUUUUAUGUGGGCUUGCGUGUAUAAUGUUCUUGCAGUGCCAGUGGCGGCGGGAGCAUUGUAUGCCGGCGCGGGGAUAAGGGUGGGGCCGGUAUGGGCCGCGGGGGCUAUGGCAUUUAGGUAUGUUGUUUCCCUUUUUUCUUCACUUGGCGAUGCAGUGAGCAGUGAUGGCUAACUCUGGUAUCUCAGUUCUUUGAGUGUGGUGUGCAGUUCGCUGCUGAUGAAGACAGAGUGGUGGGGUGUCGGAUUUCGGAAGAAGUAG